AUGUCGUCCUCCUCCAGCUCGAGAUCUGGAUCUCGACCACCCCCCACAACCAGCAGCACCAACGCAACCACCCCCUCCUCCCUCCAACAAUCCGCCGCCUCCUACUUCUCCUACCCAGUAACCCACGUCGUCUCCGGUCUCUACCGUCGCCUCACCGACCCCCCAACCAACAACAACAACAACAUGCGCCGCAAAACCACCACCACCACCACCACCACCAACAAUGACCCCUCCAACCCCGUCUUCACCCCCAUCCGCACCGCCUCCCCCUUCCAACCUCCCCCUCUAACCCCCCUUACGCUCUCCGACCCCUCUCCGCUGCUCACCCGCUCCCUCGCCGAAGAAAUCCGCCUCCUAGUGCCCCCGCGCCUCCAACUCUGCAACACCUGGCACCUAGCCUACAGUCUGGACCGCGACGGCGCCUCCCUCUCCACGCUCUACGACAACUGCCGCGACAUCGCCUCAACCCGCAGCCCGCGCGCCGGCUACGUCCUCGUCAUCAGGGAUGCGUCCCCCUCCUCGAACGCCGUCUUCGGCGCCUACAUGACUGACCCCCCGCACCCGGACUCGCAUUACUACGGCACCGGGGAGUGUUUCCUCUGGAGGGCGAGCGUGUUACCGCCUGCUACAGCUAUGCUGAGCAACUUCACCAAUGGGGAUACCGCCGGUGAGGAAGGAGGAGCUGGAGCAGGUGUAGAGGCCGAAGUGCUCGAGAAAGCCGGAUUACCGUUGCCUCCGAGCGCGGACACAACGAAUGCGGGGCGGUCGACGACGCUGCGUCGGGCGGAGGGGGAGAAGUGGCUUUCUCCUACUUCUACCUCUGGCGUUGGAAAUGGUGGUGGUGCAAGUAGUGGAAGGACGAGUGGGACUGUCACGCCCGAGCAGAUUCGCUUCAAGGCGUUUCCGUAUUCCGGGGUUAAUGAUUAUAUGAUGUUUUGUGAGACGGGGUUUUUGAGUUUGGGUGGGGGUGACGGACAUUACGGUUUAUGGGUUGACUCGAGUCUCGAAAAGGGUGUCAGUGCGUCGUGCCAGACUUUCGGGAAUGAGCCGCUCUCGGAUGAGGGCGUCAAGUUUGAUAUUAUUGAUGUGGAGGUGUGGUAUGUUGGGUCUUGA